CACUGUUGUCAACAUGGCGGCCCAACAGGGUGAUGUGGAUGAGCUCUUCGAUGUAAAAAAUGCCUAUUAUAUUGGCAGUUAUCAACAGUGUAUUAACGAGGCUCAGAAGGUGAAGCCAUCGACACCAGAAAAAGAGACCGAAAGGGACAUGUUUUUGUACAGAGCCUACAUUGCCCAGAGGAAGUAUGCUGUUGUUCUGGAUGAUAUCAAGGGUAACUCUUCACCCGAGCUCCAGGCUGUCAGGAUGUUUGCAGAGUAUCUGUCCAGUGAAAAUAAAAGGGAUGCCAUUGUUGCUGAUCUGGAUAAGAAGAUGGCCAAGAGUGUAGAUGCUGCCAACACCACCUUCCUCUUGAUGGCUGCCUCCAUCUACUACCAUGAGAUGAACACUGAUGCAGCUCUCAGGACCUUACACCAAGGAGAAAGUCUAGAGUGUAUGGCCAUGAGCAUUCAGGUUUUGCUGAGUCUUGAUCGUGUUGACCUUGCAAGGAAGGAGCUGAAGAAGAUGCAGGAGCAGGAUGAAGAUGCUACACUGACCCAGCUGGCUACUGCCUGGGUUAAUAUUGCUGUGGGUGGGGAGAAGCUGCAGGAUGCGUACUACAUCUUCCAGGAGAUGUCUGACAAGUACUCAUCAACGCUGCUGCUUCUAAACGGGCAGGCAGCCUGUUACAUGGCUCAGAACAAGUGGGAGGAGGCAGAGGGAGUGCUGCAGGAGGCACUUGAUAAGGACAGUAGCCACCCUGAGACGUUGAUCAACCUCAUAGUGCUUACUCAGCACCUGGGCAAAGCUCCUGAGGUAACCAAUCGCUACCUCUCUCAGCUGAAAGAUGCUCACAGAGCCCAUCCCUUCCUCAAAGACUAUUUAGCCAAGGAGAAUGAGUUUGACAGACUAGUGAUGCAGUAUGCUCCCACUGCUACAGCAUAAGACACCUACCCUUCAGUAUAACACCAUGAAGAGUCAACAUUAUCCUCUCUCCCAACCCCCAUACCUGUGUUUGUUUUGAUAUUUUUACUUAUAGGAAGUAUGAACUGCUUUUUUUUUCAGAAAAGAAAUGUCAUCCUCUAAAUGCAGAUUAUACAUAUGCCUUGCUGUAUCCAUUCUUUACAGAUUUGCAUUCAACAUUAACACAACUGUUUAAUAAAAACAUUCCCUUUGAAAUGAUAAUAAAUGUGUUACACCUU